CUACUGCACCAUCUCCUUAGGGUAACGCUACAUCCCCCCACUUCACUAAUUCAAGAAGUAGUAAGAGCGUUCGAUGGCACUUUCAAUAAUGUUUACAAAAAAAAGAAAAUCAUAAUAAAAUACAUUAUUUUAUGACACCAUUAUUUUCAAGUACUCCUCAGUCAACAGUUCAUGUCAAUAAUCAAGGAGUGUUAAGUAACAGAGAUUUUCUUACACAUCAUUACUAUUUUAACAUAACCUAUAGGAUAAUUUGUAAUUUAUAAAACUGAAUCUUAUUGUAAAACCGAGGAAUGUAUUGACAGUUCUGUUGAGACUGUUUAUCAUACCCUACAAACAAUGUUAAUUCAGAUUGGAAGGUUCCGAUUUGGAACGCAAUUAUUUAAACAAUGUUUGUUUUACUCUACUGCGAAAUUUGAUGAAUUCCAUGCAGAAAAAUGCAUAGUACAACCUGAUGAUAAUCUACCAUCACGUGCAGAAGAAUGUAUAGUACAACCUGAUGAUAAUCUACCAUCACAUGCAGAAGGUACAAAAUUCUUAAAGGUUGCUAUCUUAGGAUUACCAAAUACUGGAAAGAGUACCCUAAUAAAUGCCCUCGUACAGAGACCGAUAUGUCCAACAUCUUCGAAAGCUCAUACUACAACUUACAAGGCAAAUGCAAUAUAUUCAGAAGGAGAUACACAGAUUGUUUUUAUGGAUACUCCUGGAUUCGCAUCAAAAAAUGAGAUGAUAAAGUUUGAAUUAAGUAAAGCAUUUAAGAAGGAUCCAGUCACAUCAAUAAUUGAUGCAGAUAUCAUUGGAGUAUUGCAAGAUGCAACAAAUGUGUAUACUAGACAUACAAUGACUAGGUAUAUGGUUAACGAUUUAAAUAAGAGGAAAGAGAAUACACCUGUAAUAUUAAUUUUCAAUAAAGUUGAUAAACUCACAAAUAAGAAAAUAUUGUUGGAAUUAGUAACACAGUUACAAAAGAAUAAAUAUAUUCCAAAGUUUGAUGAUAUUUUUAUGAUAUCCGCCCUCACUGGAGAUGGUGUAGAUGAUUUAAGGAAUUAUCUGCUUGAUAGUGCCAAAAAGAACAAAUGGCAAUAUGAACAGAAUUUGUACACGGACCAGUCACCUGAAAGUAUAGUGAAGCAAACAGUAAGAGCAAAAUUGUUGGAUUUGCUUCCAACUGAUAUGCCAUAUGUAACAGAGGUAGAUGUUCAGCAUUAUGAUGUCAGCAAAGACGGUACUGUCACUUGCGUAGUAUUAUUAAAAUGUCCCAGAAAACAUAUAAAAAAUACUUUAGUAAAAAACCGUGGAGAAAAGUUAAGACUAAUUGCAGUUGUCAUAGAAAGAGAAUUACGGCAUGCUUUUAAAACUAAUGUUUUUGUACGUUUAAUUGCACUAACAUUUUCUAAGGAACAAAAUUGUUAUUUAUAAAAUAAAUUUAAGUUCAUGUUAUACUGUAAUUAAAAAAAUAUUUAUAGUAGUUCCUUUUAUACACAGAUUUAGAAAUUAAUAAUUCCAUUUUUGUAAAAUAUCACUGGCAGUUAUUGUUAGUAUUACAAUUAAAAUAGGGAAAGAUGAAGUCAGUCCCUUUAAGAUUCUCUUCUAUCCACUUAUCGGCUUUGGCAUCAAGACUCGGAGUGAACAUGUCCCUCCAACCACCGCUUUGCCCGUUUCUGACAAAUGCUCCCGCUGUUAUAAUAUUGCACUGUUUCAGCUCAGAUGAGUUGACCAUUGGAUUGUUUUUGAAAUUCUCGAUAUUUAAAUAAUCUGCUACCUGUCUUAAUUGUUCCUCUGUAUAGGUCUUUCCAAGAAAUUUGGCAACUUUUUUAGUAGCUUUCAGAAAAUCCUAAAGAUGAAACAGAGAAAUAAGGAU